AUGUGGGACGGCAGCCGCAUCGUGCUCGACAAGGAGCAAGUAAAUGGAAUAAUGAUGGCAAUUGAGGACGCCCAAGAGAGGCUCAACGAAGCCCGCUGCCCGCCGAACCAGCAGGCGUUCCUCGACAUGCAAGCUGCUGCGGCCGAGGCGGACAAUACGGGCCUCAACCACGAGAUGUUCCUCAAGAACAUAUGGCAGGCGAUGAAGCUGGCGGAGGACAACUACCACGUCAUCUCGCUGGCGCGCAUCUACGCGCAGGCGGCCGGCGGCGAGGCGACAAAAGCUGAACGAGACGCCGCGGUCGACUCCAUCCUCAACGAGUACAGCGCGCUGGACUACUGGGACCGCAGCUGGACCCCCAACAGCAACAAGCGCUACAGCGAGGUCGUGACCAACCUGCUGAACUGCGGCUUCGACUACUUCAAGCACGUCGUCACGCCCGCGGCCGCGUACUUCGCCGAGGACCGCCGCGACGUGUACGUGAUGCUGCACCUCGUGUACGACCUCCCACUCCCAGAGCACACCGGCGUGCUCCGCCACCGGGAGCUCGUGGCCGUCAAGCUCUCGACGUUCGACGUGUCCGCGCUCGACGAGCCGCGCGUCGAGCGUCAGGCCCGGUGCUCCGAGGUGCUCGGCGGGGCCUUCCAGAACGUGCUGCUCGUCGUCGAGCGGGAGGGCCCGUCGCCGGAGCGCGCGGCCCACCUCACGCACCAGCUCACCGGGGGCACGCCCGACAGCGACAACGCGUUCGACGGCGGCUACGACGACGACGAGACGAUCGACAGCGACGACAUCGUGUGUUUAGGCGAGCGGCCCGCGGCGCAGCACGGCGUCCGCGACGACGACGACUGGGACGACUUCGGCCUCGGGCAGCUCUACGAGACGCCGUCGCUCAAGCCGAAGAAGGACACGCCGCGCCCGCGCCCGCGCGCGCACCCGGGCUCGGACCCCAUCUCGCGCGUGUCGCACAACGUCCGACGCCAGCGCCUCGACGCCGCGGCCAAGGCCGGGGGCGUCAAGGUCGAGGGCGUCAAGGUCGAGGGCGUCAAGGUCGAGCCGCCGCUCGAGCCCGGCGCGUCCGGGGCACCGCGCCGUGUGCUCCUCGCCGAGUUCCCCGACGAGGACCGCGAGGACGUGUUGCAGGCGCUGCGCGACACCGGCGGCAACGUCGAGAACUCGCGGGCGCUCAUCCUCGAGUGGCAGCGCCAAGAGCGCGUGCGCCAAGAGCGCGUGCGCGAAGAGCGCGUGACGCAGGUCGAGCGGUCGCGGCCGGCGCCCAGCGCGCCCCGCGGCAACGGCGGCGGCCUCGGCACGCUGCGGUCUCUCAAUUGGUGCCCGUCGAAGCAGAUGCUCGGCCGCGUCGUUAAGAUUUGCGCGGACGGCGGCGUGAUCGUCAGCCGCGACUACGCGGAGGAGCAGCUCAUCCUGAGCAAUUGGAUCGAACGCGACGCCAUCGAUAGCAUCCUCGCGCAGCAUCAUGCGGCGUCUGGUGAUGAUUUCGCGCAGGCGGUCGACGCGUUCGACGCGUCCCGGGCGUCGGGCGCCUGCGCCACCAAGGCCAAGGCCGAGAUGCUGUCCUGUUUAAUGCACUCGCAGGGCCAGGCGCCCUUCCUCUCCAUCGAGACGCGCAAGGUCAUGGACCGCCGCCUCAAGCAGGUCAAGCAGUAUCACAUCGACAACGCGGAGAAGCCGUACCAGAAGACGCUGGUGCAGCCCGACGACGCGCGCUUCGCCGGCUCCGCGCUGGCGCCGGCGGCGGCGAGCGCGAAGGCGCCGAAGAAGCCCGCGGCGGCGAAGAAGCCCGCCGCCGCGAAGCCCGCGGCGGCGAAGGCCGCGCCCAAAGCGAAGAAGCCCGCGGCCGCGCCGCGCGUCGCCCACGUCGCCCCCACGCGCGUCAGCGCGCGCGUCGUCGCAAAGCGGACGACGCGCCCCGCGGGGUCCACGCCCGAGAAGAAUUUGCGCGCGCGCGUCGAGCCGCCGCCGCCGCCGCCGCCGCCGGAGGACGACGAAGAACUCGUCGACGAGCUCCCCCGCAAGCGCCGCGGCCGGGCCAAGUGA